UAGAAGCAGAAGGAAGCUAGCUAGGUAUAUUUUGCUAUGGAAGGUUUAAGUAAUCUGUGUAAACUGUUGACCUGGACACUUUCAUGUAAUCAGAGCACAAACAAUUACGCUAGCGAAUGUCCUUGGCAGCUAGAGCCAGUUAGAUGCACCAAACUUAGACAACUUUGGGAGAACUGCCACGUGCUAAUUUAUAAUACAUGCACACACCAGAACAGACUUAAGCCCUUACUUUAAUUCAGUAUGCUCGCUCCUCUCUCAAUGCAAUUUUCUUCUUGUCUUUAUAAUCCAAAUUUUCUCAGACUGAUCAACAGUGUCAAGUUACUUUUCAAUGUCCUCCCGAAAACCUGAAGUUGCAAGUAAAAAGUAUCAGGGGUCCGAGUUGUACACGAAGCAUCCACAACAUCAUAAUGAUCAUUGCUUGCUUGCGUGACCUGUGUUCAGUCAAAAGAAAACGGAAUGUUUGCCAAUUUGGUUAACUGUUUUAGAAAUAUGUUUCUUUAACCAAGCAAGAUAAAUAAACGUUCAAUCGACACUGAGUGAAUGAACUAAUUUUUUUUGGAGCAAAUUACGUCAAGUUACGUCUUCACCAAGACUGUCCAUUUAAAUAGUGUCAAGUUGACAUAUCUAUAACGUAACGGAUAGCGUCAACGCCCUGGUAUUUGAAGGUCCUGGGUUGUCCUACCGGAGGGGAUAUUUUGACCAUUCUCCCACAGUUUCUGCUUAUUUGAAUGUAUUAGGUGUCUCUUAAAAGAGCAUUUGGGUUUGUUUGGCAUGGUUGAUUGACAAGGGACAGGGAGCGUGACGUGUACUAGUGCGUGUGUCUUGCUACUACGGAAUAGAGAACGGUGAAGAGACCCACUCUCAAGGAAGACGUCGUUGCCCUCAUCCGUCAGAUGCACGCCAUCCCUCCGGUACAAAGGCAUGCGAUAAGUUGUACAGGUUGUAAACGGUUCUACUUUUCAGGCACAACUUUCGGUCAUUUUGAGAAGCUAAGAAAUUUGUUAGGCCCACAUGGAGCUGAUUUAGGCUUAUUCACACGCGCACACUAUCAGUAGCACUUACGUAUGUUCUGUUCCAAAUCGCUGUUCAUCGAGACCCCAGCUGUUCAUCGAGACCCCAGCUGUUCAUCGAGACCCCAGCUGUUCAUCGAGACCCCAGCUGUUCAUCGAGACCCCAGCUGUUCAUCGAGACCCCAGCUGUUCAUCGAGACCCCAGCUGUUCAUCGAGACCUUGAGUAGUAGAAUCAGGAGUGCAUUUGAAUUGGGAAGAAAGGGUAGAGGACAAAGAACACUGGGAAACAAGAGGAGGAGGAGAAAAAUGGAGGCCAUAUCUUUAGAUCAGUCUGCGACGGUGGAUGAGCUGGUGGAAGCGUGCAUCCAAGCCUUUGAUGAGACGGGCACUUUGAAGGACCCCUCCCUAGUGCGUAUGUUUCUUAUGAUGCACCCUUGGUACCUUCCCUCCACCGACAUGGCAAAGAAACUACUGCUCAAAUCACAGGAGGAGAGCUGCACCGCUGAGCUCAGGACAAGAAUCUGCCACUUGGUGAAGUACUGGAUCAGUGAGUUCCCAGCGGAGUUCAAUCUAAACCCAGAGCUGGCAGAGCAGAUCAAAGACCUCAAGGACCUCUUGACCACUGAGGGGAGCGAGCACCAGAGUCAGCUCAUCGACAUCGACAGUGUGCCGUCAUACAAGUGGAAGCGUCAGGUGACCCAGAGGCAGCCAUCCAUGUCUAAGAAGAGGAAGAUGUCUCUGCUGUUUGACCACCUGGACUCCAGCGAGCUUGCCACACACCUCACUUACCUGGAGUACAAGUCCUUCUGCAAGAUACUGUUCCAGGACUACCACAGCUUUGUGAUGCAUGGCUGCACGGUAGACAACCCCAUCCUGGAGCGCUUCAUCACACUCUUCAAUAGUGUGUCUCAGUGGAUCCAGCUGAUGGUGCUCAGCAAGCCCACCGCCCCCCAGAGGGCUGCAGUCAUCUCCCACUUCAUCAGGGUGGCUCAGAAACUGCUCCAGCUUCAGAACUUCAACACUCUGAUGGCCGUGGUGGGGGGGCUCAGUAACAGCUCUAUAUCUCGCCUCAAAGACACCCAGUCACACAUCAGCAACGAGACCAACAAGGUGUUCAACAGCCUGAUCGAACUGGUGACGUCGUGCGGCAACUACAGCCAGUACCGACGUCGUUUCUCCGACUGCACAGGCUUCCGUUUUCCUAUCCUGGGCGUGCACCUCAAGGACCUGAUCGCCGUGCAUGUGGCGCUGUCCGACUGGGCCGACCCAGGCAAGAGCAGGGUCAACCUGGCCAAGAGCCAACAGCUGUAUGUCAUUCUCCAGGAGUUGGCGCUGAUCCAGACCACGCCACCCAGCAUCGAUGCCAACACAGACCUACUUAACCUACUGACGGUGUCUCUGGACCAGUACCACACAGAAGAGGAGAUCUACCAGCUGUCUCUACAGAAAGAGCCACGGAGUGCUAAACCAGCGAACUCCGGCUCCGGCUCCGCCCCUGCUCCUGCCCCCAAGCCAUCGAUGAUUGACGAGUGGGCUGCGUCGGUGAAGCCCAAAGCCGACCCUGCGGUCAUCAACAAACACAUAGAGAAGAUGGUGGACUCUGUCUUCAAGAACUUUGACAUGGACGGGGACGGUCACAUCUCCAGGGAGGAGUUUGAGAUCAUCAGGAACAACUUCCCCUACCUCAGCAAGUUUGGAGAACUGGACAAAAACCAAGAUGGGCAGAUCAGCCGGGAAGAGAUGAUCGACUACUUCAUGAAGGCCAGCUCUCUGCUCAACUGUAAGAUGGGCUUCAUCCACACCUUCACAGAGACCACCUACGUCAAACCCACCUUCUGUGAACACUGCGCUGGCUUUAUAUGGGGCUUCUACAAACAGGGAUACAAGUGUAAAGCGUGUGGAAUUAAUUGUCACAAGGCGUGUCGAGGUCGUCUGGCUGUGGAGUGCCGUAAACGGACCAAGAGCAUCAGCCAUGAGCAUGCCCCCUCCCUUCAGGCUCGCUCCUACAGCUUCCCCCCCCUGGCCAACACCCCACCCAGCCUACAGAACACAGUGAUUGUAGAGGAAGAUCUCCAGGCAGUGGAGGAAGGUGUGUUUGAUGUCCAUCUAUAACCAGAUGAUAACCAAUAGGCAGGCCUGGCCUGAUAUGUCCCUCCAGAAGUCCUGCGUACUCUGGCAUUCAUACAGCCAAACACUGGCGGGAGGAAACAACAGUUGUCGGGAGCCAGAAGCCUACUGGGGUCUGUUCAGUAGGGUACAACGUUACAUAACGCAGAUAUAAAUGUAUCAUCUAGUACAGAUAUGAUUGUCUGUCGUGUAAAAGAGGGAAUCGUUUCAGCUCUAUUCAUUCCAUUUCUAUCUGCAACAUUCAGACUGCCAUUAGGUAGAACAGAUAUGAUUGUCUGUACUGUAGAAGAGAGAACAUUGUCCACUUUAUUCAAGGCAUGUCACACACACAGAGAGAGAGAGAGAUGCCGCCACAUAGUGGAAAAAUACUGCAAAUGCAUACCUUUCAAGCACUCAAGAUUUCAACUCCCUCAAUUUAAGUGAAUUUGUACGAAAUGUCUUUGUGUGUUAAAUCUAUAUUUUAAAAUCUGGAUGUAGGCCCAUGUUUUCAUAUCCCUUACCUAGUUUAAACACUGAAUAUAGAAAAUAAAAUCACAUUGUGUUUAGUGUAAUGUUAUUACCUUCAAGUCUAAGUGGUAUGUUUUAGCUAUGCAUUUAGCUAUAUGUUAUUAUUAUUAUGCCUAUAUUAAUAACCUAAACGAUGUCUCUCCAAAAUACAAGAGGUGCUGUUAUUGCCAAGAAAGAAUGCAUGCCAACUGGACUUCCAACUUCUUUCUCUGGAAAAAAAAAGCUUUGCUUUGUCUGAGUAGUUUGAUAUCUUGUUUCUUUGUAAAUGUUAUGGGAGAAACUUUAAAACACACAGUGUGCUCCAUGUCAGAGAUGAAACGUUUCAGCACCAGAACUACGGCUGCUUUCGUGGAUUGGGUAUCAAACCGCUUUCUAUCACAACAACAACAACUCAAAUGGACUGUGGAACGUACAUCCUGAAUUUGAAUGGCAUUUGAAUGCUGUUGUAUUUUUGUCCUCCUGUUUACCUGAAUAUCAAUGCUGUUCCUAUGGUAAUUUGACUGUGGUGUGUAUGCACGGUGUACUGUUGUAAUACUGUUAUGUUUCAGUGCACCGACACAGGGCCUUUCCUCUCUCAGUAGCUUUCAAUGUAGUUUGAAACGGUGAAUGUUAUAUAUUGUCCUGAGAAUUGACAUCUAUUUUAAUACGAGACAUGUAAGUCUAUUGUUUUAUCAAGCAUGCUUCAAGGGGAUCCACAUUUGCCAAAAUGUCUGUUAAGUGUAUUUUUAAUGUCGCACAUAUAUUUCUUUUUUAAUUGCAACAUGAAAUCCUGUAGGCGAGACUCUCCUCAUUGUAUUAGUUUGGGGUCUGUGUCCUCUGAGGGACAGUCCCACAAUGUUAGCUGUUUGUGUAUCUUUGAAUGAAGUACUUCCUCUGCCUUUCAUUAAUACUGUAUAGUAUAUCCUCCUUAUUUACUUAUGUCCAAAACUAAACUGCCAGCCCUUCCAUGGCAGUCUCUCCUGGACAAGGGUAUAAUAUGUUACAGUAAAGGACCUGAUGCUUUAAGCUGAUGUCAUGUUGGUAACUCUGUGGACAUGUCUCUGCUGUUUCUCAGUGUUAAAUGCAUCACUCUGCUAUUUGCUUUAAGAAGGAUUUACAACAUGAUAGGACUAAUAGCACAGCAACCCAGUGACGCGUCGUGUGUGUUUGUGACUCUUACAGAAUCCAUUCCCGCCACACGUUCCUUGUCUAAAGUUUAUAUCCAACCCACUUUCCCUACCGUCAUAUAGUUGCUUGGCGUCCGGUAUUGGAGUUCUUAACCAGCCGGCCAUGCGCUCUGUAAUUACCAAAGAAACUAAGGGCUCUAUUCAGUCCGUAUUGCAGAAGUUACAGCGUGAUUGAAAUUUAAAGGCAAUGUUCCUGCGUUAGCCAAGACCGCAUUCACUGUAAACGUAGUAUGUGUCGACUCAAUGUGAAAUGACGUUUACAUUUCUAGUGGGCGAUCUGUAACGCUUCAGCUUCGCCCUCGUGGGUGUUAGCAAGCAGGCAAGGUAGUGCUAGCUAUCAACAUCCAAUCAAGUAGGGUCUGGAAGCUAGAGUGAGCUUUGAUUGGACAAUAGCAUUGCGAUAGCGCAGAGGAUUUGCAUAAAGUUCAGCUUUCCCCAACUUUGGUCCUGCCCUGUUCACGCUCCCUCGCCCAACAGUCGUCCCCCCCCCCUGCACACUUCACUUCCCUCCUUUGAAAAUGAAUGGGGCUCUGUUGUUUCACCGCCCCCCAAUUUGGUGUGUGGAAAUGCACUGUCAGUCAAUAACCGCUAUUUGAUUCCUCAGCUUCCAUCUCACACAUUGAUUCAUGCAGCUAUUUCAUCUGAUGUUAUUGUAUUGAAUUCUCUCAUGUGGGAUGAAUGGAGAGUUCUUCUCACCUUGCAGUC